UUCAAUCCUACAAUUAAAACACAGGAUAAGCGACUUACGAGUGGCUGGAGGAGGAAGCUGAGGCCGUAGCGCUACAUACCGGUCAGGCAGUCCCGGACAACACAGCGUGGAAGUGACGCACCAGAGAUGAGCAGCAAGCAGCAACCACGGCGGAACAGAAACGCCCCCUGCCCAGCCUCCUUCGGUGUUGUGCCGCUCCAGAAGAGCCGCCCAUCGGCCAGUCUAUAGCAGAGGACGCGGAGCAGAACAGCAGCUCCAGGACGCUGACUUGAACGCAGCUGUUCCCCCUCCUCAGCCCCUCACAGCACGACAUGUGACGGAUGACGGAUACUUCUCCACUUCUCCACUAGUCCUGUUUCUGCAGAGAACAUGAAUGAGAUCAAGAUCGCUGUUCUGGGCAGUGAAGGUGUCGGAAAAUCAGCUCUCAACGUCCGUUUCCUCACUAGGCGCUUCAUUGGAGAGUACGCAUCAUCUUCAGAGUGCAUAUACAGGAAGCGUGUGUCGGUGGAUGGGAGGCAGGUUAACCUUGAGCUCUAUGACCCAUGCUCACAGGCCUGUGAGGGAAAGUCCACUUUAAAUGACCAAAUCCACUGGGCCGAUGGUUUCAUUGUGGUCUAUGAUAUAAGCAACCGCUCCUCUUUCUUCACUGCUAAAGCCAUCGUACACCUAAUCAGAGAGCUACACCUGGGAACUGCCAAAAGGGAUGCAGACUCGCUCAUAUUUUUGGUGGGUAACAAACAGGACCUGUGUCACAUGAGAGAGGUGCAGUGUGAAGAAGGUCAGUGUAUGGCUGCAGAGUUUCACUGUCAGUUCUACGAGCUGUCGGCAGCUGAACACUACCAUGAGGUGGCCCUCAUAUUCUCCAAGAUGGUGCAAAACACUAGCCUGGGCAGCAAGGCCAAGGAGCGCAGGAGACGGCCCAGCGGAUCCAAAUCCAUGGCCAAACUCAUCAACAAUGUCUUCGGCAAGAGGAGGAAGUCAGUGUGAAGAGUCAAAUACAACGGCACUGAACUGACACACACACCAGCUCGGCUUUGUAUAUUUGGUUGUGUUUGGUGUAGCUGUUAAAUAAACUGACGUAUAUGUAAAGAAGUGGUUGUGUGUGUGAACAGGAACACACUGCAGAGAAUGUCUGCGCCUGCAUGCUGCUUACUUCCACCAGCUGAUGCUUUUGCUCUUUGUGAUGUAAUCAUUUGACACUUUUCAGGAGCAAUGUCCUGAAACACACGAAAUGUAAGCUGGAUUGAAUGACUGCAGCGAUCCAUCUGUUUUCUAUGACUCAAGAGGGAUCCACCUUUAAAAUGUACGUGACCUGUGUCACAUGUUAUAGGAUUGUUAGCUGCAGGAUAAACGUGAAGGCUGUAUGAGGAAGAGAAAUGUAUAAGAUAUGUCAGGGCAGCUGAAAUGUUUGUUUAGUACACACAGGCUGUAGAGUCAGACAAUACUGGAAUUUAUGAUACUGACUGUCUGUCCUUUACCAAUAACAAGUUAGUGACAUGACAUAUCAGAAAAAUGAUUCAUUCUUGAAAUGAAUUCAUACCUUCCCUAUGCUUAAUAUUAAAAUGUUAAGUGUUUAGCCAGUCAGAGUUAAAGGUGUGUUACAUGUAAAGACAGAUGGUGAAGUGUGAACCAGUGUGAUCAGAAAAGAUCAUUUUUCACACACACACACACACACACACCUGGUCAGAUUGAUUGUAAAGGUUUAUUUGAAAGUGAUGAACACACACUGUGAAUCUGACCGUGUGUGUUUUUUGGUGAAGGGUGCAUAAAAAGUGUAGUGUUAGUUAUCCUCUGUUAAUGUUUAGCUUCUGCAUUAUACACAUAUCUGCAUAUCAGAUAACCAAUACACUGAUAUGACUAUGAUAAACUAAAUAAACUCAUUUUCUUAUUCCAGUUUCACAUUCCAGUCCUGAAAUGUCACCAGUCUGCUUUGUGCCUGA